AUUGCUCAAAUGCUCACUGCCCGGGCCCCUUGAGUGUGGUUUUCCUCCCUGGCCAGCACCAAACCCCAGAAUAGUGCGGCUGACUUGCUGAUUGAGGUCAGCAGCUCCCGGGAGGCACGAGAAGCGAAAGCCUUUGCAAGAGACGGACGCACUAGGACAAACAUGAGGAGCGCAGCCAAGCCCUGGAGUCCAGUCAUCAAAGCGGGCAGCCAUGGGCCAGACCGGGCGCGGCCCCUCCCUGCAGCCUCUUCAGGCAUGAAGAGUUCUAAAUCUUCCACCUCACUGGCAUUUGAGUCCCGGCUCAGCAAGCUCAAGAGGGCCAGUAGCGAGGACAUGCUCAACAAACCAGGAAGUACCGCCACUUCGGGGGUAGUUCGACUGAAAAAGACUUCCACAGCUGGAGCCAUCUCCGAGCUUGCUGAGAACCGCCUGAGGAGCAACCCAGGGGCUGUGACAACCACCAAACGGACAGGCAUUCCUGCUCCUCGAGAACUGUCAGUAACUGUCUCAAGGGAGAGAACUGUGCCACGUGGUCCCUCCAACCCCAGGAAGUCGGUGUCCAGUCCAACUUCUUCUAGCACACCCACCCCUACUAAGCACCUGAGGACCGUUUCCACAAGACCCAAGCAAGAGAAUGAAGUUGGGGAAAAGGCCGUGCUGGAGUCCCAAGUUCGGGAACUUUUGGCAGAAGCCAAAGCGAAAGAUAGUGAAAUUAACAAGCUUCGAAGUGAACUGAAGAAAUGCAAGGAGAGGAGGACUCCAAGCACUGAAGGAGCUGACAUGUCAGACUCAAAUCUAGAUGGAACGUCUAUCUUGCCAAGUGACUCAGAACCUUUGGUAAGAGCUCUUGAGGAGAAAAACAAGAAUUUUCAGAAAGAGCUUGCAGAUCUAGAGGAGGAAAACCGGGCCUUGAGGGAGAAACUGACUUAUCUGGAGCAUUCCCCAAAUUCAGAUGGAGGCACAAGCCCCACUGGUGAGAGCAGCUGCCCAACAUCCAUGACUCAGGAAUCCAGCUUUGGAAGUCCACCUGGAAAUCAGUUGUCAGGCGAAGUCGAUGAGUACAGGAGCAACAUACACGAACACGCGUUAAGACCGUCGGGUUCUUCCAGCAGCGAUGUUACCAAAGCUUCUUUGUCCCCAGAUGCCUCUGAUUUUGAGCACAUCACAGCUGACACCCCCUCCCGACCUCUGUCUUCCACCAGCAACCCCUUUAAGAGCUCCAAGUGUUCCACCACUGGCAGUUCCCCCAACAACGCGAGCGAACUAUCCCUGGCUUCCCUCACAGAGAAGAUACAAAAGAUGGAGGAGAACCACCACAGCACAGCAGAGGAGCUGCAGGCCACUUUGCAAGAACUAUCAGACCAGCAACAAAUGGUGCAGGAACUGACAGCCGAAAAUGAGAAACUGGUAGAUGAGAAGACUCUUUUAGAAACUUCCUUUCAUCAGCAUCGAGAGAGGGCCGAGCAGCUCAGUCAGGAGAACGAGAAGCUCCUGAAUCUUUUGCAAGAGCGAGUCAAGAAUGAAGAACCCGAUAUCCAAGAAGGGAAAAUCCUUGAACUGGAGCAGAAAUGUGCGGAAAUUCUUGAUCAGGGCCGCUUCGAAAGAGAGAAGCUGCUCAACAUCCAGCAGCAGCUGACCUGUAGCUUACGGAAAGUGGAGGAAGAAAACCAAGGAGCUUUAGAAAUGAUCAAACACCUGAAGGAAGAAAACGAAAAACUGAAUGGGUUUCUGGAACUGGAACGGCGAAAUAACGGCUCAAUGGCCAAAACUCUGGAAGAGUGUAAAGCUACGUUGGAGGGGCUGCGGAUUGAAAACGGGUCGUUGAAGGCUCAUUUGGAGAAUGAGAAGCAGAAAGCUAUGGAGACCAGUCCCAUGGCGCAAACGGCAGAAGGUCGUGAAGUUCAAGAAAUGUUAAGAGUCGCUCGAGCUGAGAAAGAUCAGCUGGAACACUCUUGUGCUGAGCUCAAGCAAGAAUUAGUAAAGGCGCAUGCUGAAAUUAAACAUGUUUCGAGCCUCCUGGCCAAGGUAGAAAAGGAUUAUUCUUACUUGAAGGACCUAUGUGAUCAUCAAGCAGAACAGCUGAGCAGAACCAGCCUGAAACUGCAAGAGAAAGCAUCCGAGAGUGACGCGGAGAUUAAAGACAUGAAGGAAACCAUAUUCGAAUUAGAAGAUCAAGUGGAACAGCACCGAGCUGUCAAGUUACAUAAUAACCAGCUCAUCAGUGAGCUGGAAAGCAAUGUGAUGAAGCUGGAGGAACAGAAGUCAGACCUGGAAAGGCAGCUAAAGACUCUGACUAAGCAGAUAAAGGAGGAGACUGAGGAAUGGAGAAGAUUCCAGGCAGACCUGCAGACUGCGGUGGUGGUGGCCAAUGACAUCAAGUGUGAGGCUCAGCAGGAGCUGCGCACUGUGAAGAGGAGGCUGCUGGAGGAAGAGGAGAAGAAUGCCCGGCUUCAGAAGGAGCUAGGGGACAUGCAGGGUCACAGCAGACCUGUGAACGAAGAUUCAGAACCUCCCGAGGUUGAUGCUCCCAGCCGGUGGCAUGGCGUCUACAUGAACAGAACAUCUCCAACACCUUCAGAAUCUGCAACCACCGUUAAGUCCCUUAUCAAGUCAUUUGACUUGGGACGUCCAGGUGGAGUCGGACAGAAUAUUUCUGUCCAUAAAGGCCCCAGAAGCCCCCUGAGUGGGAUUCCAGUGAGGACUGCUCCCGCUGCUGCUGUCUCCCCAAUGCAGAGGCAUUCAACAUACAACAGUGUUCGGCCAGCCAGCAAAGGUGUGACUCAGCGUUUGGAUCUUCCAGACCUUCCCCUUUCAGAUCUUCUAAAGGGAAGGAGUGAGGACCUGAAACCAGACCCUUAUCUUCGGAAGAGUCCCUCCCUGGAAUCUCUGAGCAGACCCCCUUCUCUGGGCUUCGGGAACACUAGGCUGCUGAGUGCUUCCACUGGGGGCUUGAAACCACAGAGCAAACUCAGUGUGGAAAGGAGAGACCCUCUGGCUGCCUUGGCCCGGGAAUAUGGCGGCUCCAAGCGCAAUGCUCUCCUGAAAUGGUGCCAGAAGAAGACAGAAGGCUAUGCGAACAUUGAUAUCACCAAUUUCAGCAGCAGCUGGAGUGAUGGCUUGGCCUUCUGUGCUCUCCUCCAUACGUACCUGCCUGCCCAUAUCCCAUAUCAGGAGCUGAACAGUCAGGAGAAAAAAAGGAAUCUCUUGUUGGCAUUUGAAGCAGCCGAAAGUGUAGGCAUCAAACCCAGCCUGGAACUCAGUGAGAUGCUGUACACAGACCGGCCUGACUGGCAGAGCGUGAUGCAGUACGUGGCCCAGAUCUACAAGUACUUUGAGACAUAAGCCUGGAGGUCCGGAGAGCACGCCCCGCUGCCUGCAGCUUGUCCUGGAAGCACCUGGUCACUUUCCACAGGCCCUGCUCCAUCCACCACCCACGACGCUCAAUCCAGGGGAACCAACACACAAAUGAGAAACGGAGCUGGGUUCCACCUCACACCCGCUUUAAAUCCAGAUGCAUUUGGAGUAUCUUGAGGAAGCGUGCUCUCCCACAGGCCUCCUUCCUUUCAGACCUAAGGGUCCUUGCCCAGGCCCACCCCACAAGAACCCAGUAGGACAUCUCCGGUGACACGGUGUCAUUUCACCCGUGAGCUGCUGAGAUUCACAACAAACACUUCCAAAUCAGUCAUCUUUUCAUGAAAAAUCCAGCCUUUUGCCUUGAUAGAAACUUUGCCCUUCCCACCACCCACCCCGUCCAAAACAGAAACAGCCAACCAAACACAAAAAGACAUUUUGCUCUCGAGCAGCCUGGAAACACAUGAGCCCCGCCUUUUUUGGGAAAUAUGCUUAUUUUCCAGAUUCCAGUUUUGACCCUGGAACCUGAUUGCACUUUUUCAAACUUGCUGUCACUUAUUGGAAUCUUUGGAUGGAAAGGAAGAGGCGUGAGAAUAUAGAGUAGCCCCUGGGUGGUUUGCUGCUGUGUCCCCGUGGGGUGGCCUGCAGAUAGAAGUGUGUGUCUGUGUGCUUGGACGCACUCAAGCUCAGAGCUCCGGUCACUCACAGGCCGAGAGAGAGACGUCAGCCACUGUCCCCACCCUUACCCCCGCCUUGUCCUCCUGUUCAUUCCUGGUACCAUUCUCACCCACACCCGUCUCCCCUGGGUACAGAAUGUUCCUCACAUGUGAAGUGGCCUGUGCCCACCCAGGUCUUCAUGAGUUUGCACACAUAGGCUGCAGAGGGGUAUUUCUUGGAAUACUGGGCAGACAGCAAAUGUGAAUGCUAUUUCAACUCUGGACUUGGUGUUUAGAACCUCAUCAGGCCCCUCACAUUUGCUUGGCAAAAGCAAGCCCUGAGUCUACUAUCCUGCUGUCACCCUUAGUGGCAGCGGAGCCCUUCCCAGAGCAGCCCAGGGUCACCUGGGAAGUGCAGGUGGGCGCCUGCUAACUGCCUGCAGUGUGCUCCUGUUGGGCACAUUGAUGCACAUUACCCAGCCCAUGUGACUCCCACCUGUCACAGGGGACUUGUCAGCACCCACCACCUGCUGGUACGAGUGCCCCUCCGACAAAGAGCCAUCCUCACCUCUGGCACUGGCAGUUACAGUACUGCGUCAUUUUCAGGUCUAUCUCUGAUUUAUUGCUUGGUCGGGCAACCUGGUCCCUGUCCUGGAAGAGGCAUGACCAGUACCACCUCAGUACAGGUGACAGCUUUGCCUUGCAAAGGGGCCAUCCCUCCUCCUCGAGCAGCCACAGCGGCCUGCUUACGGUUCUCCUUUGGGGCCUGAGAUCAGAAUCUCCCAGGGAGCUAGUUAAAAACGCCCCUACCCCCAGCCUGCCCCAUCCGUUGACUCAAGAGUAUCUGGAAUGGGACCAGGGAACUACUAUGUGUGUUUUCACAGUUCCCUGACAACCCCUGAGAGUAGAGAACCCCUUCCUCUCACUCCCCAGGGCCGGGCCCUGAGCACAGUUGCUAAAGACGACCCCCUAAGUGGCUCCUUCGUUUUUGCAUGGAGGUGGAGAGGCAAAGUCUGAACAAAUUAAAUUUACUCCUUCCUGAUGAACGUAUCCAAAUGGAAGAUAUCCCAUGUUGCUCCAGGCACCUGCCUUGUGUUGACAUAACUGAUGCAUUUUCAUUAACUCUGAGCGACUGCCUUGGUCUCCGUUGCAGUGGGGAAAGGUAACAUCCCAGGCAGUUGGGGUGAGCUGUUGCCUGUGUGUUUAAUCUGGGAUUACCGCAGGGUUUCUGUGGGAGAAGCAGUUGAGGUUCUUGGGAUACCUGGAGCGGGUGUUCAGCAUUACCAGGGCCCUGUUUUUAGUGAUUAUUAUAAAUGAGUCUGAAGAUCCAGCUCUGGGUGAAGCAGCAGCAUCUAUGCAGUGGUGAUGCUUCUCCUUCCCCUUGCCCUACACUGGAGCCUGCUCCCUUCAGGCGAUAAAGAAGGAAAGAAAGGCCGUGGGCGAUAUAUUUUUAUAACUCAAAGAAGCUCCUUGGCUACCGUUUUCUUUACCAGUGGGCAUGCUUCUAGAAGGGGAAGCGCGUGUCCUGCUCGUGGGUGGCAUCGGCGGCAGGUCUAACCCUGCAGGCCCUGGGAGAGGAACCAAGCCUUACUGCACCUGCAGGACCUGGGUAGGGGGGCUGUCCUGGGCCACCUGGGGCUGGGCUGCAGGAUGGGGUUUUUAGAUCCAUUUUUAGCUGAAGAGCUCAGAGCACAAGGUGAACAUGGGAACUUAAUUGAGAAAACAAGGUAGGGUCAGCAAACUACGGUCUCCAGUUUCCUGUCCUGAGGCUUUCCGAUGCUGCAGUAGCCACUUUGGUUCUCUCCUGCCUUCAUUUAAAGACAUUUGGUGGUUCUGUGGAUCCUCUUUCUGUAAAAUGUACUGUUCUUAUGUAAAAGACAGAUGCAAAAGGCAAGACCCCAAAGAGCAGAGGUGGUUUUUAAAGCCGCGAAGAGCUGUCCGUGGCUUUCCUCGCUGUGAGAUCCCUGGGCGUGAGCUCUGGUGCCAGCCCCCCAUCCCCCCCACCCCGCAUUAGCCAUUCUGAGGAACCAGGCAAAUGCCCACUUCUGGUGUCCUAUUCCCUUCUCACUUCAGAAAUGAGGUUAGUCUUUGGUUUUCGUUCUUCAUUCAGCUGUUGUUUCCUAGCUUCGGUUGAGACCGAAGUGUCCCAAAGCAAAGAGCCAUCUGGCGGUGACCAGUAUCUGCGGUGUUUCCAACCCCCCCAAAAAAACAACACUGGCCGUUCCUCUGAAGCCCCCCAGUCCCACUUCCUUGUGGGGGGAGGGCAGGCAUUUCGGAGCCUGUGGAAGGAGAGGACUCGUGUCUGCAAACCCAUUUGCCAAAUCGGCGGCAGCUCCUCCAUCCCCAAGCUGGAGCGCCAUUCGGCACGAGCCACCGGCGACCUGCGGUCAAGAAUAUAGCCUAGCCACGUUUGCAAAAAGUAUUUUUAAUAUUGCAUCUGCCCCGGCUCCCUGGGUAUUUCACUUUUCUGACCCAGGUUAGACCUUGGCUAAGUCUCUAACAUCCUCAGUAGCUCCCUGAUUUUAACUACAUUAGUUGAAUGCACUUGAUACAUCUGUGGCCUCGUUUCUACAAAGGCCACCCCCCAGCGCCGGGAGGACGGGACACGCCCACGUGGUGUAUCCAGCUAUUAAUGCGGAAGCUGGGAUGUGUGGCUGUGAUUUAUUAUUUCUAAUAAAUCUAUUUUGUUUCGGUCUGAUUGUGAA